ACCUGUGAAGCAAUCUUCCCACUAGAGGGCUGAGUGUUCUGGCCAGGAGAGGCCUAUAAAUGCUGGGCCCACAAGACGCUGUCAAACCUCUCUGCGUGACUCUUCAGCUUAGCUCAGAGUACAGGAAGACAAGGACAAAAUGUCGCAGACUAUGAUGGAAUGCAGCGUGGAGACCAUCAUCAACAUUUUCCAUCAGUACUCCACGCGCCUGGGGCACCCAGACCGACUGAACCAGAAAGAAUUCAGCCAGAUGGUGAAGAAGGAGCUGCCUAAUUUCCUCAAGAAGGAGAAGAGGAAUGAAGCACUCAUUAGGGACAUCCUGGAGGACCUGGACACCAGCGGAGACAAGGACCUGAGCUUCGAGGAGUUCAUCACCCUGGUGGGCAGGCUGACAGAGGCCUCCCACGAGGAGAUGCACAAGAACACCCCCAAGGGGCACGGCCACGCCCAUGGGCCAGGCUUCGGGGGGUCUGGCCGCAACCCCUGCAAAACCCAGGGUGGCAACCAGGGUGGCGGCCACGGCCACAGCCAUGAUGGCCACGGCCAUAGCCAUGAUGGCCACGGCCACAGCCAUGAUGGCCACGGCCACAGCCACUAAUCAGGAGGCAGGCCACCCUGUCCCUGCCAAUCCAGGGCCCCGGGCUGUGUGCACACAGCUGAGGCGGUGGCCCGAGUUGCAGGGCUGGGGUUGAGAUGAAUAAAGAGUUCCUCCAAG